GCACUUCUUCUUCUUCUAAUCUAAGAUUAAAGUCGACCAAAAUCGAAUGUAACCUGUGAGUUCAACUUUUAUCUUAUCUGUAAAGUGUCAAGGGCUAAGGUUCAGUUCCUGUGCUUUGAGAAAUAAAAGGAGGUCAAGACGCAUCGCCAACCCAAAAUUAUUAAACUAAUUUAGUCUUUAGUUUUAGUUUUAGGUAUAGUUUAGGUUUCGAAACAACGCCAGCCUAAGGCCAGGAAGGCCAACCUUGCCGACGGUAUGAUUUGCAGCUUUCUUUUGCUUGUCAGCUGAUUGUCAGUAGUGCUGUUGUAGGUAUAUUGAAGGUAACGUUGGAAGGCUUAUUAGAAGAUCAAGUUUUACAUCAUAAAUUAUAAGCAGAUCAGUUGAAAAUGACUUGAUUAGUUGUUGUUUGAGCUUGGGUGUGUCAAUGUCAGUCAGUACUUUCAAUAGUGAAUACUUUCAAUGAUAGAGGAUAGAGAAAUAGACAUAAUAAUAAUAAUCGGAAAUAUUAAACCUAGCCAUUAAUUAGCCAAUAAGUGGCAUAAGAUCAGUCACCAGUGUAGGCCUAUAACUAUAAGUAUAAUAUUAAUACGGGCCUGUACAAAUAUAAUUUAAAUGUAUGGGUAUGGAUUAGUUUACAGUAAAUUUGCAUGGAAUGGACAAUGAACGUGGUACACAAUUGUCCUGUCUUUCCAUUUGCAAGUCUUAACAAAUCUUAUUCCACUAUUUCCAUGGUAGUCUACACUUACACCUUACACCUAAGAGAUAUGCCUUGCCCUUGCCAUGAGCAUUGCAUUUUUAUCAUACUUGAAAAGAGAGUGUAUUUCCGCUAACUCAAAGUCAUGCACAGAAUAGAUCUGUGUAAUGUAAAUUUCAAAUGGUCCAAAUAUUUUGGAAUGAGUGAAUGAGCAUGUGCAUUAAAAAAGAAAUUAAGACUAUCUAAUUUUAAAAAUGGUAAUAAGAUUGAUUAGUGUGAACUUCAUCCUUGUUUAUAAAAUAUUGAAAACCUUUUUGGUAAUAUUGGGCUAAAUUAAGAUUUCUAAUCAAUUUAGGGGGCCAAAACCUAUUAAAUUGAAAGGUCGGCAAUCCUCCGAAGUCGGUCCCAAAUUACUUCAUAUGAAAAAAAUGCAGUGCACAGUGUUUAUUGUUAGAAAACAGCAGACAUGUCAGUCAUGGCUUUUGCAAAUAACUGACACUUUACAAACCAGUCAGUAAAUACUAAAUAUUGUAAUUGGCGUAUAGCAUUUGCAAAUAGCAGCCGAAAACGUUCUGCUUGUGACUGUUGCACCACUGAAAGGCCCCCAACUAGCUUGCAAACAGACGACCGCGACUAGUACCACUCCGACUUUUGACUCUGAUAGCGGCGUUUUCGUUUCCCUUGAAUCCAAAGUCCUUCAUUAUUUUAUGUGUGAAUGUCCUGGUCUACUGGAUCAACAAAUUCACGCGCAUGCACAUGACAGUUUGUGCAUAAAUCCCGUUGUUGAACUGACCAACAUUUUGAUAUCCUCGCCAAAGCGUCCGUGACGAUGGCUGUCCCUGGUAACAUAAUGAUUAGUGAUAAUGUGCUCGAGUGUUUGUGCAUCUCGACGGCCAACAACCUCCAUCCAACAUCGUCCACUACCGCAAACAUGAAUUUCUAAGACUUUUAAGUAAGGAGUAAUCAUAGGAAAUAAUUUGGGACCGGACUUUGGAGGAUUGCCGAAAGGUCUACCUUAUAAGACACAUUUUUAAAAGUAAUUUCUUUUAUAUAACUUUAAACAAAAAUUGCUAUGAGUGCCCAGUCUGGUAUGUGUGCCAUAGGUUGCUAACCCCUGUUCUAGCGAAUCUUAUGUCUAUGCUGCUAGUGGCUUUGCAGUACACUAUGCAUGUUGGCCAUACCACCCUGGGAGUAUUUUGCAGUAUGGUCACUAGUGUUUGUUUCAAUUUGUUGUAGUAUUCUUGCCUACUUCAAAAGACCAUAGCUAGGGCUACUAGCCGGCCUGCACCUAGGAAAUUCAGGGCCCCAGGCGGCUGACAGAGUUUGGGCCCUUUCGUGUUUCAAACAUGUGUAUGUAUUUUAAAAACUAAAAAAAGGACAGGCCCCUGUCUAGCUCAGGCCCUUGACAAGUGCCAUGGUUGCCCCCCCCCCCCCCCCCCCCCGGUGCGGGCCUUCUACUAGGCUCUAUUAAUUAUUUUAAUAAAUUGAUGUACAACUACUGAAUUAAAAAUCCUGGCCAUGUAAUGUUUAGGGCUCUACUGGGUGGGCAUUGUGUGCUGGUUAGUGCUAAGUAUUUGUGAUGGAUAUUUGCCAGAUUUGUAAACUGAUGGAAAUACCUCUUACUUCUAACCCCAUAUGAAUGUUGAUUGGCCCUAGCAGGUAGAAUGUUAAGACCCAGUGCAUACUUCUUAAAAACUUUAAGGCCAUGUACCACACACCAUUCUAUCUGUUGUCCCCUACCUCUCAUUUGUUUGUAUGCUUAACCACAAUCACAUUUGAAACAGACUUCCCAUUGUGCAUUUUAAGGUAAGUUAAGACUUUUAAAAAAAAAUCUCCUUCCAAAGAAUGGUUAAGGGGAUUUAGAGUCAUAAUCCAAUAUAUUUAUUAAUUUAACUUCUGUAAUUAAAAUAAGCCACUGUGUAUCUGUUGACAAUGAGUGCCUUUAAAAAAAAAUAAAAAAUUAAGCUUGUCCAAACUUAUUCAACUUAUUUUGGUUUACCUGAGAAAAUGUUUAUUUUGUCAGUUUACACAGUAGUUGGCUAACUGUCCUAAGUAAUAGAGAAAAGAGUUGACUUCAUAACAAAGAAUGUUGGUUAUUUUACCAAUAUUUUAACUGAGCUGAAAAUGUUUUUUGAUAAUUUACAAAGUAUAUUUUUUAAAGAUACAAAUGAAAUGUUUUCAUGCCAUUUCACUAUUACAAUACUUUGAAGUAUCCGCAUCUCUUAUAAGCUGUUAAGUUUAGCCCUUAGUGUGUCAGUAAACCUGAAUGACUGUGUUGUGAAAUGAUGCAUGUCGAAAAAAUGUGUCACCAACAAGAACAUAUCUGGACAGCUCAGGACUUGAGGUGUCAUAGAGGUAUCAUGAAACUAUUGGCAUUAUGAACAGCAAAAGAUUUGAAUUUGAGAUUAAACAAAAACUUACAUUGGAGUGAUACAAAUGGAUAUGUAACAGAACAAUUGUAUAAAUGAGUGACAAGUAGCUUUUUUAACUCAAUGUAUGUGACAAAUAUCUUUUAACUCAAUAUCUUCAAAUAACUCUAAAAUCAUGUUUACUCCGUGCCUUUCUUGUAAGGAUGGUUUAUCUUCUUUCAUUAAAACGCUAAGCCAGCACUGAAAUAUUUUAUUCAAGUGCUUCAUUCAUAAAAUGAUUAGAUUAUGUUUAAAGAUUAUGGCAUUUAUUUUUUUUAAUUUCAGGCUCAUUAAAUAAAUAUAUGAGAGUAGAUACCACUACUUGACUUUUGAAUUGUUUAGGAAACUGUAACACUAAAAAAUGCGACUUGUGAUUCAUGAGAACUACGAUGAGGUGUCUUUAUGGGCUGCUAAGUAUGUUAGAAGGAGCAUUAUUAACUUCAACCCAGGCCCGGACAAGUAUUUUACACUUGGCCUACCAACAGGUAAUUCACAGUGACCUUUAGAUUGUUGUUUAAACAGUUAUUUUUGGAACAAAAGAGAAAAGAUGUCUUUGGCAAAACAGGGAAAUGAUACAUUGUGGUUUUUUUUACUGGUUUAAAGGCCCAAGCAUUAGUUUAUAGUUUUACACAUAUUUUUGUAUCCUUGAAAGCUAUACAGAAAUUUAUUUUUAUCUGUAUAGAAAAUGUAUCUGUUGAUUAGUUAUAAUGAAAUAGGAAAUAUUACUAGAUGUAUUUUUAAAGUUAAAAAUUAUAUUGUCAUUUUUCUGUUUGUAUUAACUUAUCUUAUAGAGAGUAGACUUAAAUAUUUUUUUGUUACAAGAUAAAUGUUUUAAGUCAAAAAGUUCAAACUAUUCUAAAAAGUAUAAUGUAAAAAGCUUAGAAGGGGGACAGGAUCAAAUUAUCUAGAAAGGAUUACCAAUUACUAUUUGGACUGGACAUCUUUGCAUUAUUAGUAUACAUCUCAUUAUUUGUUACAAUGCUUCUAAACACAUUAAAAACAACUGCACAUAAUUAGAAAUGGGAGAUCUUGCUAAAUAAAUCACUGGUUUAAAAACAGGCAGCACACCGCUGGGAAUGUACAAGAAGCUGAUUGAGUUCCACAAAGCUGGGAAGCUUUCAUUUCGUUAUGUCAAGACUUUCAAUAUGGAUGAAUAUGUGGGUAAGUCUCCGGUCUUGAAUUUCAACAUAAUCUCCGAAACACAAACAUUCAAUGUAUUAAAGUACUUAUUUUUUAUCUUAGUGGUGGACAUGUCUCUUUCUGUUGUUGUUUUAUAUCAUUCACACACUGUCUGUAUCAUUUCAUCUUAGAUUUAAGUUCCAUGCCAUUAAUCAUUUUCUUUAAAAUAAGGGCAAAACUUUCUUAAAUAAUUACCAUGGGUAUUUCUGUUUUAUGAGCACAAUAUUUAUAUUAUCUGUGGACUACCAACACAUACAGAUAUGUGUACACAAAAUACAGUGUGUAUGUAUGUAUGUAUAUAUAUUUUUUAAAUUAUUUUUUUGUGUGCAUAACAUACAUGUAUGAUUUUUACAAGUACAUGGGAUUCGUUUAAUAUUUGAACCACAUCUUUCCACCAUAUCCCACCCAACUAGCUCUACCAAGAGAGCACCCCGAGAGCUACCACUCUUUCAUGUGGGAAAACUUUUUCAAACACAUUGACAUUCAGCCAGACAAUGCACACCUCCUGGACGGCAAUGCCGAGGACUUGGAGAAAGAAUGCACCAACUAUGAAAAAAUCAUCAAAGAAGCUGGAGGCAUCAGACUCUUUAUUGGAGGUGACACUUCCUGUUUGUCUUGUAUUUAAUGUCAGACUCUUUUCACUGUAUUUAAUGUUGCCAUAUGUUCACGAUCUCAUCAUUGUUCUUCUAAGCCUUGCAAUUGUCCUUAUAAAUUUUAAUUGAAAAACACAUCCCAAUUAGAUUUUUUUGUUAUCAUAGUCAUAGAGAAUUUGUCAUGUCAGGCAUGAAUUCAUGUAUAUUGUGAAUCUUGUAUAUAAUGUAGUGAUGCAUGCACAUUGAUCUAGUGUGCCAUGUGUCAACAUAAAUACUUAUUUAAUAAGUAGGGCUCAGUAUUUCAAUUUUACUUGUAGGCUAGAGACGGGAUGGGAAUAAUUGGUGCAAUGAUAUUGGUGGGGUGGGCCAUGGUAGAGGUAGUGGUGUUAGUUACUUGUGGGUAUACAAGUUUCUGUUGCUUGGUAGUAGUCAAAAGAAGAAAAAAGUGUGUGUCAUUGUAAGAUUUGCUGUUGGCUUUCCAGUUUAAAUUUUUUUAAUCAGGGUUUACCUUCCCCCCAAUAAUGGCUGCCAUGUUCAGCUGUUGAGUCAUUUCCACCUGGUUACAUGGUGGGCCCAUAGUUUGAAACCAUAACCUCUUGGUUAUUAUAUGAGGCAGACAUAAAUGCUACCAUUACACCACAGUGCAGCAAUUUAUUACUAGCAAUAGCUACCUUUUAAAAAUUUAACUGGUUUUAUUUAAGAAGAUUUUAAACACUUGUGUUCGUUAUCACAGGUAUUGGGCCUGAUGGCCAUAUAGCUUUCAAUGAGCCCGGAUCAAGUUUGGUAUCUAGGACAAGGGUCAAGACCCUGGCACAGGAUACCAUUCUGGCAAAUGCCAGGUUUUUCGGUAAUGACUUAAAGAAAGUUCCAACUCAAGCCCUCACUGUGGGUGUGGGUACGGUCAUGGAUGCUGAUGAGGUAAUUCCCAUUGUUAUCCCUAGCUUCUUUUGAUUCACAUCAUCAUCAACAGUUUAUUGUUUAGUUCUACAGUAAGCAUAAAUCAGUGCUUUUAUUUUAUUUGUUAAUUUCUAAUUUGAGCCUAACUAUAGCCUUGUUGAUUUUUUAAUUUUUUUCAUAUGUUCAAAAACAUAAUCCCUGUAGUUGUGUAGUAGUAAUUUCUUUUAAAUAUUAUUUUUAUUUUUUUACCAUACACCUUGAUCUUGUCCAGCUUUUACAUUUUAAAUGAUUUAUUGACUAUUUAACUAUAUAAUUUUUUAAUACUAUUCCUGGCAUGUAAUUAUGGAGAAAAAAAACAAAGUUGUCCAGCUUUUAAGAAAUGAUAAUUUUAAAGAUGAGAAAAUACUGCACAUUUUUUUAUGGUUAGUUUUAAAAAAAAAAAAAUUAAUUUAGCAAUGUUUUUUAUUUUCAAUAAACCUUGCUCUGGGCAUUCUUAUAUGGUUAUCUGGCCUGUUACAGGUGAUGAUUUUGAUCACUGGAGCACACAAAGCCUUCGCCCUGCACAAGGCCAUUGAAGAGGGGGUAAACCACAUGUGGACCGUCUCUGCUUUCCAGCAGCAUCCCCGCACCAUAUUUCUCUGCGACGAGGAUGCCACGAUGGAGCUGCGUGUCAGGACUGUCAAGUAUUUCAAGGGCUUGAUGCAGAUUCACAAUAAGCUUGUUGAGGACCCUGACGUAAUAAAGGUUGAUUAGAUGAAAGGAAUAAGAAUCUGAAGUAAGAUAAAUUGCCUUACAAAAGUCCACAGGUCUGCCUCAUUAUAUAGUAAAGAUAAAAAUUUACAUUAUAUAUUAAAUUGCAUGUUAAAAUAUGUUGAAUGUCACUGAAAAACAUUUAUUAGAUUGAAAUGUUCAUAUAAACUUGUAUUAGCAUACCAAAAGUUCAAAUUUCUUUUUUUUUUAUGAAACAACAAAAUUUAAUUUUAACCUCAAAAUGAUGUAAAUAAAACAGCAGAAUUAUACCUUUUUUUAAAUUCUAAUCAAAUAUUCGAAUGUAUUUAUUUUAAUUAAUAGAAAUAGAAAAUUAUUGAAUAUCUAUUUAUUUUAGAUGAUAAGAUUUCAUCAAUAUUGCUGUAGCAUCAUAAAUAAGGCAGCUAAAGUUCUAAAAAAAAAACUUUCUAGUAUAUUGUAAAAAGUUGUACUGGAAAAGGAAAACGCUCUGCAUUAACUAAUCAGUCACUGUGAUAAAACUGGAUUAUUACAGAGUUUUUUUUAUUUUUUUUUAUUUUACAAUGUGUUAACUGUUAAUAGUUAUACAUUCCAUGCUGGUCUUGAAUCUAGUAAGUUUCAUAUAAGACUUACUCAUUACCUUUGCAUUUACAGUCAGAUUUAUAGACAUACUUUGAGUGAACAAAUCCUUACUUCUAAACUUCUAUCUAAUUGGAGUGUUUCUUAAUAAAUCAUAGUAUUCCCUUUAGAUCACUUCUUUAGAUUCUACAUUCCUCUAUUAUACCCUUGUUAAAGUGUCUUGUAUAAAAAUGUAAAAAAAAGAUAGUAUUUGUAUCUUAUUUUCCCCAUUAAAUUCUCAGAAUAACAACAGAACUGAGAAAUAGAUUUCUAAGAAUUCAUGAACGCAUGAACCCCAGUUAUUAUAUCCUAUGUAUGCCCAUUUAUGGUAAAAAUUGACUAUGUGAUAUUUUUUUUAGCUAGUCAUUAUCCAACAUAGAUCUGGCAUAUUUAGUGCAUAAUAUAAUAAUACUAUUAUUUGUUUAUUUUGUUUUCUAAUAGUAAUAGUGCUUAAUUGCAUUGUUUAUAUUUUGUGCGACGUAGGGUCUCUAUCACUCAACACCGCCGAGGCACAUCUCAUCAUCUUUCAACAAUUUAUUUUUUGUCACUGUACUGAGUUUUAACUUUCAACAUGUGUAUUUAUUUUUACGUCAUAAAUUUCCAGUCUUGCUUGCAUUUAGUUCUUUGUCAUAAUACAAUUAGAUUUAUUACAUUUUUUUUUUUUUACUUACUUGCUAAUUUUUUAUUAAUGUACAAGACAAUAAAUAAUGCAAAAGAUUUCAAAUGAAUGACUUUGUGUCUAUGUCUGCCUUUAAACCUUUUUGUCCUACGAAAGCUUCUUGUCUGUUAAUUUUUUUCAUUGACAUCAUCUAAUUCAACUUUUUUAAAGGCUAUUAUAACCUUCUUA